UAAUUGAACCGCUAGCACAUUCAUUUUCAGGUCUGGUGCUGCCACUAGCUGCAAAGGGCAGAGUUAUUUUUGUCUUUGUGGUUGUGAAGAAGGGAUGCUUUGCUUGAUGCUUGUAAAAAACAAAAAACUAAAGGCACGAUGAUGUGAUGCCCCCAUUGGUCUAGUUUUAGUUUUCUCCACAACCUUUGUUUUGUAGUAACUCACAACACAACUUUGUAACCUAUAAACCCACAACCAUAGUUUCUUCCUCAUUUCCCACUCUCACCUAUUUGUUUUAUCCAAGACAUUGGCUUUGGAGUUUGAGGCACCAUCCUUCGUGUCUUCCAAGUUCUCUGCAAGGUUUCCUCACUUUCUAGGACCUUGUCUCAUGAGGCUGGAGAGGCAAUAGAGGAUUUGAAUUCGUCCUACAACAACACCUAUCACAAUGUCAUUCAAGAGUAUUUUGCAAGAGCUAAAGGAGAUAGGAGAGGGCAUUGGAAACAUGUAUAGAAGAGGGGCAGAAGCCAAGCAUGUACAUCGCCAUGGAAAAUCUCAUAUUGCACCAGAAUGUUCCUCACCAGCACCAGCACCUUCACCUUCACCUUCAUCAUCAUCAUCACAGAGCCGGUGGGCUAGCUUACCCCCUGAGUUGCUACUAGACAUAAUUCAAAGGGUGGAAGCCAGUGAAACUUCCUGGCCUGCACGCCGAGCGCUUGUAGCGUGUGCAUCAGUUUGUAGGUUGUGGAGAGAGAUAACAAUGGAUGUGAUCAAGACACCAGAACAGUGUGGUUGGCUCACUUUCCCUAUAUCACUUAAGCAGCCUGGUCCAAGAGACAAUCCAAUCCAGUGUUUCAUUAAGAGAGAAAGGAUGACUUCAACAUAUCGUUUAUAUCUCGGUCUAAGCCCCGCUCUUUCUGGUGAUAUGAGCAAGCUGCUAUUGGCAGCAAAGAAGAUCAGAAGGGCAACAUGCACAGAAUUUUUAAUAUCAUUGGUUGCUGAUGAUUUCUCUAGAGCAAACAAUACUUACAUUGGAAAGCUGAGGUCUAAUUUUCUGGGCACCAAGUUUGUGACCUUGGAUGGUCAUACUCCACAUGAUUCUUCACUUCCAUUGAAUUACAAGUUGCAGCAAAGAGUUCAUGUGAAACAGGUACUUCCAAGGGCUGCUACUGCUGCUAGUGCUAACUAUAAAGUGGCCACAGUAUCUUAUGAACUUAAUGUUCUCCGAACAAGAGGUCCAAGGCGAAUGCGGUGCGCGAUGCACUUAAUUCCCAUGUCUGCAAUCCAAGAAGGAGGGACUGCCCCUACUCCUUUGAAGUUUACCAAUUUUCUUAAUGAGCAUGCAUCUACCAUGCAAAUUCCAAAGGGAAAGAAAGCAGAAACUGUAGUUGAGUUUGGCUCAACUGGCACAAGCAACACUCCAGAAUCAACCCAGAGUUCAGUGGAGCCACUGGUUUUGAAAAACAAAGCUCCUAGAUGGCAUGAACAGCUGCAAUGUUGGUGCUUGAAUUUCAAGGGAAGGGUUACAGUGGCCUCUGUUAAGAACUUCCAGCUUGUAGCAGCUGUAGAACCUUGCUUGAAUGUUUCAGCAGCAGAACAAGAGAAAGUGAUACUACAGUUUGGGAAAAUUGGGAAGGACAUAUUCACCAUGGAUUACCGAUAUCCCCUCUCCGCUUUCCAAGCCUUUGCAAUCUGCUUGAGCAGUUUUGACACAAAACCAGCUUGUGAAUGAUAGUGCCUUUCCUCCACUGUCACAAAUCUUUGAUAUAAAAUGUACAUAUUUUCGUAAGAAAUGAGAGAAGCUGGGGCAAAAUAACUCAUCAUAUUGAGUGCUUUCAUUCUGCAGGCACAAGUUUGUGUGGUGCUAGCUGUUAGCAUUGAUGUUUAAUGGGAAAUCUGUUUGUCUAAUGUAAACAAGUUUUUUUUC